AUGAAUCUCAUGUGGAGCGUCGCGCUUGCGUUCGCAACCUUGGCAACGCCUGGCUGCGCUGUGGUGGACAAAUGGGAAGAUGUGGGCUUUGGUCUUACCCAUAUAGCGAGUUCCUCGAAGCUCGUGGUCAGCAACAUGGAAACUGGUUGCUCCAUUUUCAUGACGACCAUAGAGCUGACUUGCAAAGACAGCAACCCGAUGGGCAAUCCGCCAUCCAAUGCUUUUCACACUGUGGUGAAUUGCCUGAACAUGGAUCCGACCAAAGCCAGUCGUGUGAAGAUCAAAGGAAGUGACUCCUGUGGGAAGCUGACCUCCACUCAAUACUUUGCGGCUGACGAUUCCGUAAGCAUGGGAAGCGGAAGUGUUGAGAUUAAGCCGGGACAAGUGGCGAACCUCACGUGUGUUCUCCUGCCCUUCCCCAUUGGAAACUCCGCCGAAAAGCGACCCGGAGAAGAUAACUUCGCCACGUCCAACGACGUUAAACUGGACUUUGCAGCCCAACACUUUGAUAAGGAGACGAAACGCUUGGAGGGUGGCAGCCAGUCGGUGUCCAUUGGAACGGUGAAGUUUUUGCAAGAUCCGGAAAAGGUGACUUCUUCAAGCUGCAGUACGGCAGUGGAUAAACUCUUCGAUUGGAAGUUGAGUCUCACGAAUUCCAAUCAGAAUGUGCACACUUUCCUGUGGAGCAGCCAAAACGGAGAACCAUCUUCCUUGGUGGUGGCUAACCUCAAGACCUUGCCCACGAAGUUCACCACUUCCAUGAAGGACCUGGGCUUCUAUGAUCUCCAGCCAUCCAUACAUGGAGCGAUCUGCGGCAAGUCGGCGACGAAUUUCGGAGACAAGGUCAAACUCCAGGUGGAGAAGUUGCCAAAGGAUUCCAAAGUUCCGGAGAAGCAUGAGGAGGUGGUGAAGAUGAUGGUGGAUGCAACGCAGCUUCCCACAUGCAGCGAGCUGGAGGUGGAGGUCAUGUAUACGUUCCCCGGGCAGGAUGCAAGAUACGUCAAGUUCCUCCUGCCUGUAGACAAUCCAAAUGUGCCAGAUGACCAACCACAGGUGCUCUACCUUGAGACAUCCAGAAAGAUCGAUCGACGAACAGAAAAAAGCUGCGAUGCGGAUCCACGUUGUCCCGCUGUGGAUCCCAUCCGCCGAGGCAUCACGGCCUUCCAAAUGGGUGGCCUCGACCAAGCCCUGCGGCUCUUUGGGGAGUGGAUCGACUCGCACAAGGUGGAAGAAUCCCCGGCCGAGCUGCCGGCCGAGGAGGAGGAACAUGAGGAAGUGGCACCAGAAACGCACCGAGACUCGCUACGAGACACCGUCGGCGGGGUCAGUCGGGCCACCGGCUUGUUUGACUCGCGGCUCAGUGGUCGAGAGACUCGAGAGAUGCGUCACACUGUCCUAGAGGAGUUGCACUCAGAGGAAGAGUCCGAGCGGCCGAAUUUGAUUGCGCCCAGUGGAGCCCCGGACGACUUCAGAUUGGAAGACUGGGAGCUGGAAGUGGUACAGGUCAUUGAUGAAUCAGGCGGGAGUCAAAGUAAAAAACAGUUGCAAACAAGCGACUUGCAACGCCUCCAACAAGGAAGUUGCAAACAGUUGCAAACCCUCCAGGAUCCGUACUACUUCUCUCACGUGGGUGAUAUCAACGAAAUCUUGAGUAUCAGAAGUGCUGAAUCUGCCAUACUCAUACUGAAGAAGCGUUACUUCGUGCUGCGGCAGCAGGACAUCGCCAUGGACUUGGCCCACUCCGCCCGCAGCGCCGCCGAGCUGCGCCGCGAUUUGGAUCGCUGCCCCGAACUCUGGGACCUUUUCAGAGCCAAGUUCGAUUGCAUGAAGUACAACGGCAAGGUGCCGCUGCAAGACUUGGAUCUCUACUUUUGCACGUUGGUCUAUGGUAGCAAACAGGCCUUCACCUCCAUCCACGCCCUCUGGGACAAAUUUGAAGUGGGCGAGAAGGGCUACAUGACCAAGGAUGAGUGGUACAACCUCUGCACUCGCGUUCAGACCAAGUUACCCAAGCACGCGCAGCUGGACAUUUGGAAUCUCUUGGCCUGGCGUGACAAGGUGCACCUGCAUAAACCGGACUUCGUGGCGGGAUGGCACGUGCACGACUUGGAGCUUCGUGAUGCACACGUGAAGAGCAUUGCAGGGAACUUGCAAUUGGAGUACUACGGGAUCAAAGUGGAGGAACUGCAAGAACGAAUGAGGAUGCGGCUUGCGGAAGAUUCGCAGGUUUCGGGAUCCCACAGUCGGUCCAAGGACACCUUGGUGGCUCUUCCCAUGGGCGAUGGAGAACGCUGGAUGAAAUCCGACCAAAGUCAGGCCGGCCGUGGAAAGAAACGUCAGCGCGAAGAGGCUGAAGCAUCGCAGCCAGAGUCGGUGGAGGAGGGCAUCAUGAAGGGUCGAUAUGAGUCCUUGAAGACAUUGGUGGGACGCUGCUUUGCGAAGCAACGCCUGCCUUCCAUUGGACGGAUGGAUCUGCUCGCCAUGGUGAACGGCGACUUGGCGCCGGGCGAGCCCGACUUCACGGAAGCCGAGCUGGAUGCGGGGCUCGCAAAGAUGGAGUCUGCCAACAAGAUCAUGAUCGAUGAAACCGGCGAUGAGGUGAUUUUUGUGGGUUGAGCCGUGGUUCGAGGUGGCAGGUAGCGUCGCACUCCCUGGGAGUGAGUGCAGCGCUGUUUCACCUGCGGACGUGUUUUUUUUUGGCGCGAGUUGUGAUGUCGAUGAUGCUACACUCAACAUGAUGAUGGGG